AUGAAAAUUGUUUAUUGCGGUUUUCACAACCAGCAUUUGUUUGAAAAAGUUGGACAAGCAAGAUUGUUGAAACUUGAACUCCAAACUGACGACGAAAAUCACGGCAAUGAUGACGAUGACGAACAAGAUGAAGUUGACAACGUUGAGGAAAGAUCAGAUAGUGACAGCGAGCAGGUAUUUAAUGAGGCACUGGAAAAUUACGACCUUAACCUACUCCAGCGUGAACAGUGUUUCGUAGAAAAGGACAAAAUAACAAAAUGGAAGAAACAUUGUCCACCUAGAAACGUCAGAAAGCGUAGUUAUAAAAAUGUUCCACAAUCACCAGAUGUAAAAAAUUGUGCAAAAUCUAAAACAUCUGCUCAAGAGAUCUGGGAAUGCUUGUUUGAGGAAGAAAUGCUCAAUAUGGUUACCAAUUGUACCAAUAUAAAAAUUGAAGGCAUUGCACUCAAUUUCAACAGGGACAAGGGCGCUAAGCCUACCAAUAUUUCUGAAAUAAAGAACCAGAUAUGUUUUUAA